AUGGCAGGCAAAAUCAGACAGCCCAUCGACGAAAUGGCAUUUGCCAAGUAUGUCGAUGAGAAUGUGCCCCAAAUCAAGACGCCACUGCAGCUGAAGCAGUUUGGCUUUGGUCAGUCCAACCCGACAUACCAAAUCACAGACGCUGUCGGCCACCACUUCGUCAUGCGCAAGAAGCCGCCCGGAAAAAUCAUCUCCAAGACGGCGCACCGCGUCGACCGCGAGUACCGCAUCAUCCACGCGCUGCGCGACACGGACAUUGCCGUGCCCAAGGCGUACGCGCUGUGCGAGGACGACACCGUCAUCGGCACGCCCUUUUACAUCAUGGAGUUUCUCGACGGCCGCAUCUUUGAGGACUUUACCAUGCCCGGCGUUGGCGCCGCCGAGCGCACGGCACUCUGGAAGGCGGCCAUCGAGACGCUGGCGCGCUUCCACCGCGUCGACUUUCGCGAGGUCGGCCUGGCGUCGUUUGGCAAGCACACGGGCUUCUACGACAGGCAGGUGCAGACGUGGACGACGAUUUGCGAGAUGCAGGCGCAGGUGGCCGACGUCGAGACCAAGGAGCCCGUCGGCCAGUUGCCGCACUUUGAGGACAUCAUGGCCUUUUUCGGCGACGCCAAGCAGCAGCCCAAGGACAGGGCCACGCUGAUCCACGGCGACUACAAGAUUGACAAUGUCAUCUUCCACAAGACGGAGCCCCGCAUUAUUGGUAUUCUAGACUGGGAAAUGGCUACCAUUGGCCACCCGCUCUCCGACGUAUGCAACUUCCUCACCCAGUUCUACCUGGCCGAGGCCUCGGGCGGUGCGCACGCCGAGUCGGCCGCCUUUCUACCCGGCAAGACGCCAGGGCUGCCGCAGCCGGACCAAAUCGUGGCGUGGUACGCGGCGGCGGCGGGCUACGACCCGCGACCGGAGCUCGACUGGGGCGCGUCGUUUAGCCUCUACAAGCUCGCGGGCAUCCUGCAGGGCAUCGCGGCGCGCUACGCCGUGCGCCAGGCCAGCAGCGCGCAGGCGCAGGUGUACGCGGCUGGCCGGAUACCCAUGGCCGAGUUUGGCUGGCAGCUGGCGCAGCGAGCGCAGCGGGGAGGCAAGCCGCAUUUGUAA